CGAACAUAAACAAGAAGCGCGGGCUAGCAGGCGUGCCCCCAAGAACUUUUGAUAAUCGUGAAUGCAGACAUGAGAAGAGUCGGUGCUGGGUGGUCGACUAGCAGCUGACAUACCGGCUGUGCAUGGCGCCAUCUAUCAUACCGUUUCUACACCUGUCCUUUCUCGCGUCUGACAGCUGAAGCUACACCCUGUGCACAGCUCAGCAUCUCCUCUACUCGAUCGACAGCCUGCCAGCCUGCACGCUUCGUCGCGAAAGUCCAUGAUAGGCGAUACGAGAAAAUGUCGUUUCAGGUGAAUGGGAGGGAACACGGCGCGGCUGCUCAUGAGGCGCCAUACGCUCGUGCGGACCCCGCAAGUCACGCUGGUCCAAGCUGGCAACCCGUUGACUCGCACAACUCAUCACGGCGUGCGACUCAUCAGGCAAAUGAGCCCCCGAGAGGUGAAGGGUCAAGUGGUAGCUAUGGCUAUAGCUAUGGCUACGGCAACGGCAAUGGCAAUGGCAAUGGCAAUGGUAGACAGAGCCAGCACAGCAGGAGCCCCGAAAGAGAGCGUCCUGCGGGUGGUCAUCGCUACACCUUGAGAGGACAGGAGCCUGCUACUCCUCUCCUAGCCUUGAAAGAGCCGCGUGGUCAAACCAGCAAGCAAAGCAGCAAGAAUGCACCAGACCCCGGAGAGGGCAAGGCAAAGAAGCCAAAUGCGUCGAAGAGCGAGAAAGAGCACUGCAUGAUCGCCAUUACUGGUACCGUACCGCAAAGGCUCUGGCGGGAGCUAAGCGGUUCGCUAAAAGGCGCCCUGCGAACCAGAGGCAACAAAGUGGAUGGUCUUGCUCGGAUUUUCGUGCUGGACCCUGCCCUGCGUAGGGAGCUCAGACGAGAGCAGGUCGAUGGAAAUGCGGAAGAUCAGAAGGAGAGUGCGCGCCAGUACCACUGGAUGAGGCAAGUGCAAUGCGCUGCUUGGCACACUACGAACGCUUAUCACUUGCGCGAAGAUGCUCCACCAGACCUGUUGCGCUCCACGUUGGAGCUCUGUGAAAUGGCUCCCGAGGAUCGAGAAGCAAGUGUAUGCGAAAGAGAGUGGAAGGCAGGCAAAAGGGAAGAGAUGGUGAGGUUGAAAGAAGGUGCACUCGAAGGCAAAGAGAAGCAUUUAGAAGAGAGGGAAGCUGCGCUCGCUGAACGGGAAGCGGACAUUAAGCGUCGAGAAGGCGUACUCGUGGUAUCGGAGUCUGUGCUGCAGAUGAAGGCAAAGUCGGUGGACCAAGGCAGACCUGCAGUAGCCCUGAGAGUCGGCCCGCCCAGCACAGCUGCCAAUCCUCCGACCGCGCCAAGAUCCAUGCUCCAAGCUUCUCAAUCACCAACAAACGCGUCAAUCUCCUUGCCAAAUCGCCCACAAUCGCUGGGCAACGAAGUAGGCCCCUCCCGUAGCACAGCACCAACACCAACUCAGACCGAAGGCGUAGAGCCAGUCUUUAGGACCUCGCUUUCGCCUAGAGACACCAAGCCUAGCGCUCUUGAUUCUUCGACGCAUGCAUCAGCUCCUUCUCAACUUCCAGGCACAAACGGUCGGGACCGGGCGGUGAGCAUCUCGUCAGACUCAUCGGUCACCACUUCGUCUUUCUCAGAGAGCACCACCUCAUCCGAGUCGGAAAUAUCGGCCGGACCGGUCAAUCCUGCGAUCGCCUCUUUGCAGCGAGAUUCGAAUCUUGCAAGAUCAGGCACGAGCUCGUCGAGAUCAUCAGUGGGAACUUCGUCGACGGACACGCAAGAAAGGCUAGAGCUGCGAGAGCGCAACAGACUCGCAGCCAAGCAGAAGGCUGCGACGCUGACUCGAACGGAGCUCAGGCAAGCGGACAGGCUUGAGAGGCAGGUCGCACGGCACAGAGCCAGGCGAGCUACGGAGAGGGAGCAGCACCGAGCAGAAGCGGCCGCUGGUGCUCUUCCAUCACAAGCGCCGGGCUCAAGCAGCUCUGCUUCGUCGUCCAAGAACAAGAAGAAGGCUUCAAAAUGGGCUACUCCGCACCCCAAGACAUCGUCGAGCGUCAAAGGCAAAGAAUCGGCUGGCAGGGGAAGCCAGAGUGGGAGGAGCGAAGACGAUUCAGAACCUCGCUUCUCCGAAUGGGAACGCGACCUCUCUUCCGGUUCGGACGAGGGCUCUGAUGAAGAUCAGAGCGGUCGACGGGACUUGAGGAAGAUGUUCGAGGAAUUUGUUACGUUCUACAUGCGGAAGGAUGGCAGCAAAAGGAAGGGGAAAGCAAAGAAGAAAAGAUCGGCGGCCAGUGAGACGGAGGAACGAUUGAGCAAAAGAGAGAAGAAGCGAAAGCGAGCUCGAGAAGCCGAAAGUGAGAAAGAGAGCGCGAACGAUAUAACAGAUGGGGGGAGCAAUAGAGCUGCGGAGCGUUCUGAAAGCUUGCGAAGAGCUCCUCAGCUCGGCAGAAAUCCUGCUGCGCACAGAGCAGGUCAUAGCGCGACAAGUCAGACCUCUGCCCCCCCUUUUGCGUCCACUGCCGCCCAAGCUUCAACAUCGUCAGCUUCUUUCCGCCAACCGCCUGUUUAUCACGUCGCGCGUGCACCUUCGGGCCCAACGGCUGGGUCUUUCUGGAGCGAGCACGAGACCAGAGCGUUGGAAAAUGCGUGCAGGAGACACUACUCUGAAAACAGGUUUCUGAGACAGGGACGCAUCUACCGCACAUUUGUGGGUCUCACUGGAAGCACACGAACGUUGGCUGCUGUUCUCCAAAAAGCCUCGGCGCUGGGUCUCUUGUCGCGCGACUAGGCCGCUCAGAUGACUGCGUCACAUACCUACGCAACUCUCACGCUGUCCUUCGCACAGUGCACAAUCCGCUUUUGAGUGUGUCCAUAGCCCGGCUACAAUAAUAGUCACGCAGCUCUUGCAUCCGAU